AUGGUGUUAAGUUUUGAAAAUGAAUUUCGUCUUUCAACUGUCGCUUUACGAUUUAAUGGUAUCCAUCCAGAUUCACAUCGUGAUAAAAGAUGGUUCAUUCAGUUCAUCUUUUUUAAUUCAUUUGCAAUUUACGCAACCAUUGUCUAUGUCGGUUUCGAUCCUUUGAUAUCAAUAUUUGUGCUACAAAUUUGUGGUCAAUUGGAUAUUUUGAGCUAUCAAUUGUUGGCAUUAAAUGAAGUGACCGAACAAAAUGAAAUUAUAAAAAAAUUAAAAACUAUCAACAUUAAAUUGCAAGAUUUGUAUAGGUAA